UUCCGGUUCCGCCAGUUGUCACGGGUUACCGGCUCUGAGCUUGAUCUCGGUCUGGGUUUCACACGGAGAGAGGAGAUGGCGGAGUGACAGACGAGAUGCUGCCAAACCCCCUCUGUUUCUCCAGCACACUGUUUUAUUUCAGAUUUCCAGCAUCCACUGUUCAUUGUGUUCAUCACUGGAUUGAUGUCUUAUGAAGAAGAAUUGAACAGACUGGGCUUGUUUCCACUGCAGUUAAGAGUUAAGACUUGAUUGAAGUAUGCAGAGUCUGAAUACUCUUGUCAAGGUGGACAUUGAAAUUAUCUUUUCUCAUCUAGGUUAGUCCAUAACCAGGGGACAGUGCUUUAAAGUCAAGUUAGGUCAAAGAUGCAAAUUUUCUUUUUGAGUGUCGUGCAACUUUGAAACUCCGUGCCGUAAAAGCAGUGGAAGCAGGGUCGUUUUAUAUUUUUGAGGUUCAUGAAGUAGAGUUCUAUCUGCAGGUGGUUGGCCAAAGGAGAAUAUUGCUCAACUGUUAAAUCAGAUCUGUAAGUGCAGCCCGACCAUGCUGGAAGAGGAUAUCGAAGUAGCUAUAAAGGUGGUAGUUGUUGGCAAUGGAGCUGUUGGUAAAUCCAGUAUGAUUCAGCGGUACUGCAAGGGUAUUUUCACCAAGGACUACAAGAAAACCAUUGGAGUGGACUUCCUGGAAAGACAAAUUCAAGUUAAUGGUGAAGACGUCAGAUUAAUGUUAUGGGAUACAGCAGGACAAGAGGAGUUUGAUGCUAUUACAAAAGCCUACUAUAGAGGUGCUCAGGCGUGUGUGCUGGUGUUCUCCACUACUGACAGAGAGUCCUUUGAGGCUAUACCAAGCUGGAAAGAGAAGGUUGAGGCUGAAGUUGGAGACAUCCCUACAGUCCUGGUACAGAACAAAAUAGACCUCCUGGAUGAAACUGUACUUAAAAACGAAGAAGCAGAAGCUCUAGCUAAAAAGCUGAAGCUUCGGUUUUAUCGAGCUUCUGUGAAGGAGGAUCUCAAUGUCAAUGAAGUUUUUAAGUAUCUGGCUGAGAAGUAUCUUCAGCGACUCAAACAACAUACCACUGAAGAACAGGAACAAGUACAUGUGACAAGCAAUCGCAUAGGAGUAUUUAACACGGCUGGCGGCAGUCACUCUGGCCAGAAUUCCAACAUGGUAAAUGGUGGAGCAGUUAUCAGCCUUCGGCCGAACAAGCAGAGGACCAAGAAGAGCAGAGGCCUUGGAGCCCGCUGUGGAAAGCUCUAGUGGUCUCAUUGCAGCAUGGCAGCAAUGUGUGCUGUCUGUACAACUGUUGAGAUCAGUAAGGGUUUUUAAUUUGGACAUUCUGACACUCCUGAGGUAGAUUAUAAUUAAAGACACUACAGUACUUGGCUACCCACAGCUAAAAUAGUACAGAGGCUUUGGAAAGCACAUCACUCAACCCAAAAUUGGUUGAAAGUUGUGGUAGUUUAAAAGUGGAACGAUGCCUGUCUAUACAUGAUUCAGAUGACCACCAACUUGCCUGAUUUACUGCAGCUUUGCAUGGAUCGGAUUGAAGAUGUUAGAUUUGUUUGCAGGUUAUUCACGUUUUAUUCUGAAAAUCAAUGUGCUCAAGUUGUGCAGCAUUUCUGCAUCCAGCCAGAUCUACCGUAUUACCUAAAAGGAAAGCAGUCAUGAAUGCAGUGUGAUUUAAUCCAAGAGAGCACUUCCUUCAAGUGAAAAAGCCCAGUUACCAGGACCGAGAACCACCAGAUCGAGCUUAAAAUACUUUCCUUCAAGAGAAUUUACUAAAACACUUCUUUUAAAAAAGAAAAACGUUGUAUUGAAUUAUGAAAUUCUAUUGUCAUUUGAACAGAUAUUACAAAAACAUUGCCAUUUGUGGUUGUUAAUUGAUGGAACUAACUUCAAUGACCUGUGCAAUAUUUCAGUGUUGGAUACAGCUGAAGAUAUUUUAUCACUAGGAGUUUGUUUUUUUCGAUGGUUUGAGUUGAUUGUACUGUUUAGAUGUGUUUUAAAACGAUUCACAUUUGGUAUUUUAAUGUUUGUAAUCAUACAAUCACUGUUUGUAUGCUAGAGACAUUUUUUAUGGAACAUUUUGUAAUCAUGCCUGUCGAUUGCUUGCAUGUAAGCUUUGAAUAAUUGUCUUCACAGGCCUUUUAUUAUUCAGAUUGACAUUUGCAUGAGUGCCAAAUCAGUACCACAACUAUAUUGCCUUUGUCUUUCAUUGUUUCUGACAAGAAUAUAAGAAACCCCUACUAGGAUUCUGAAUGUAAAGGUAAGUAGAACCUACUGCAAGAGUCUGUAUAUCUGGAGUUGCUUUACCCAAUAACACUACUUUCAUGCCAUACUACGUGUCUAGAGAUCGCAAGCUCCUGACUGCAUGAUUUAUAUUUUUAUUUUAUGUGGAUUAAAACUUGCAGUACGGCUUGCCUGAGCUUUCUAUUGUAUACAGUUACUACUGCCCAUCUCUGACAAGUAACAGCACCCAGCUGAUGAGUUACCCAGACAUUGAUGCAAGGUUUUGUGAAUUAUGAUGUAAUCUCCAUUUUUAUAACAAGCUAAGUCUAAUUGCAAAAGUAUAGACUUGGUGAGCAGGAAUAGAUGAGCUGGUCCAUCAAGCCUGCCCCCCCUCUCUCACGAUAGUCACGUCUUCUUGAUUGAACACUACUUUUCUCACAACUCUCCCCUCUGACAUCUAAUCACCUGGACAGUUAUUCCUGAAAAAAUAUUCUUGGAAAAUUCCUCUUCACUUCCUUCAAGCAAUCAAAACUAGUUUGGGUAACGAGCUGGACCAGUUGUUUCAGAUUUUUAAAUCUGCUUAUUUAAGGCCCUGCCAGGAGGGACACCUCGAAUAAAAUAUCUUACUCUGAGGUGAUGUCAGGAGAAUAAGAUUGACUGACUGUGCUCUCACUUUGUGGCACUACAGAGGUGUUUCACAGUGUGUUUCUGUUUUGCUUCUAGCCAGAAUUGUUCUAUGUUAAUAUAGCUGAAAUAAAAGACAUCAAUAAAUUAUUCGGCUAUUCACGCAGUACUGACAGGUUAAACCUUUAAAAUAAGUCAAACUAAAAUGCAAUCUUAGGUUGCUACAGGCACUGACUAACUGGUCAUCCAUGCUCUUCUAUUCUUGCUGUUUGCAAUAAAUAACAUUUCCAAUUUAAAGUAAGUAGAAUUUGUUAAGAGAUUUGCGGUAUACUAGCAUUCACCAAAGAAAUGUGCAUUGGAAGGCUUUUUGUCCCCUAUGUUCAGAUGGUUAAAUAUAAAACACUUAGCUGCCAUUUUCUUCUAAAGAAUUUUAGGGCAUAGAAACACCAUUCAGACCAACCAAUCCUUGCUAGUGUUCAUGUUACAAACAACCAUGAACAUUGCAAGAAAUACCAUUCACUACUGAAUUUAGGUUUUCUAAUAGAUUUUUAUGAUCAGAAAGGUAUUUUGUGUGCAUGGAUGUAUAUAUAAAAAUGUCAGCUGAGGUUUGAUGUAAUUUGUUUCAAAGCCAGUCUUAUGCAGUGGUCCACAGUGUGGGUUUUUUUUUUUUGCAGUUUUGAAAUUCUUAGCUGUGCUUCUGGUUUACGCGAGUGUCACUUUCAUACAGUUGCUGAAGGACCAAUGGCGCAUGCAAGCGAGGAGAAGGGGCAAAGUGCAAAUGCUGGGGAUAUGAAAUGAAAUGCGCACAAAGUUGUUAAAUGUUAGCCCUGCCAAUGAGCUGUGACUGAAUGAAUAUUUACGUUUUGAAAAUUGUUGCUUGAAAGUGAAGGGUUGAGAUUUGAUCCAUUUGGUUAAGUAAUCCAAUCUGUGAAGUUUAGACAAAGCUUUUUUUGUGUUGAGAUGCCCAAGAUAUUUUUUUGUUUGGUUUUAUGAGGGCUGACUUCUCAAUAUACAUUCUCUGGUGUAUAUGGCCUUGCAGGAAAAUUUAAGAGUAAAGCCUGAGUAUGCCCACGAUCUCCCAACAACAGGCACCAUGCUUGGGAGAGUACAUCAAGAAUAUCAGCCCUUGUUUCUGUUGUGAUGCUGAGACAUUUUGUACAAUUUGUUUACUGUUGCAUAUCAUUAGAGGAUGUAGUUUUAUUGGUGCCACAGCUGUGCCUUCCAGUUAGCUAAACAUAUGAUGUUACAGCACUGGAAGCCAUUCAGCCUAUUGUGCCUGUGCCAACUCUUUCAGUGAGUUACCUAUUAAUCCAGUCACCUGUGAACCAUUCCCUUGAUCUGUGCCCCUUUUCAAAUUGCAUGAUACAAAAAUUGCUGGCACAGGGCCUACCCACUAGUGAUCCACUCAUGUAAACCCACAUGCAUGUAGUUGAGUCACAGCGCUGCCUGACAGGAGAUCUGUGCAUUUCCUGACUGAUCAGUCUGAAUGCAGUGACAUACAGAGAUUGAAUUUUGGAGCAUCUACAGAAUAGGUGAAUUCCAACCAGCUGCCUAGUUCUGUUGUACCUCUGUAACAUCAAAGUCUCAGUUGUACCUUGUGACAUCACAAGGUCUCAGCCUUACUAAUCACCCUUAUCCCAACAGUGUGGCAAACAGUGGCUUGGUGUUCAGAUGGGUGGAAUGUGGUACAGUUGGGCAGGGAUAAAACCCUGCAUACAACUUGUUUGUAUUUGAUUGUAGAGAUUUAUUACUUUGAUUUCUAGGCAUCUGUGUUUUUUGUAUGUUUAUUAACAUAUUCUCAUUUCCGCAUUCUAAAUCAUUUCUGAAGUGCUUUGUUUUCUCAAUUGAGCCUUUCAUCCUGCCAUCUUUGGUCUUAAAAUGCCUGUGAAGUCAAAAACCUAGGAGUAGAUCACCACUAGGGCCAGUUGCUGGUUAGCAUCGAGAGUUGAAGUAUAUACAAGAUAUAGUGAGUUCUGUUACCAGCUUCUAUUCUCAGCCAGAAAUACUUGUUUGAGUUUGUCAGUGUGCAAGUAUUAUAAUUAGAUAGGUCAGGUGUCAACGGUCAGAGGUGUUGUAUACAUCUGGCACUUGCUGUCUUAUUAGUCAUCAUUCAUUUUUAGUGAUUUUUGUGAUGCAUUGCUUGUUAUUUUAGCUAUGAUGUGGAGGUGCUGGUGUUGGACUGGGGUGGACAAAGGAAGAAGUCACACAACACCAGGUUCAU